CUGUGGUUUUGAUCCAAUCAAAGGCGGCAUAACACAAAUUCUGUUUACGACCGUCCCUCUACUAAUUAUAAUUUCUGCUAACAUCAUCUUAUAUAUCUUAACAUGGAAGAGGAUAAAGGAACAUGUUGCUGGAAUAACUGAGUCAUUAAAGACUUCUAGUGUUACAGACAAGUCCCGUUAUGCUGCGAGAAAUAUGUCAUUGUUUGUUUUGGCGUUUUUCAUUCAAUGGUUCGCAUGCGCAGUGUUCAGCAUUUGGUUGUUUUUUGACAAGAACGUUCCCAUGUUCCUAAUCAUAGCCAACACGACUAUAACUAACCUUGGCGGUACGCUGAACCUUGGAGUAUGCAUCAUCUUAAGGCAUAGAGACAAAGAAUGUGACAGGAAAGGAAAAGAAUGUCAAAGCAAAGAAAAUGAAAAAUAUCAGCUGCCUAAUGUAAGCCUAGAGAUUGCUACAGUUGAGGAAAAAGCAAGCGGGAAACUGAAAAAAAAUGGAAAGGACAAAAAACUUUAA